AGUGGAAAAUUCUGCUAAACAGAUGAGAGAAGACUCCUUCUCCUUUCAAGGUAUUGUUGGCUCUAUUUAAGCGGGCUAGUAUUCCUCCAACAAGAUCUCAAAAGCCAAGAUUCACCGUGCCGGACGUCCGUCUUUGCAGGCAGCUCGGAAGUUCUCGACCUCUUCUCUUGCCGACCUCAAGGGACUGAAGAUGGUAAACAUUCAGUCAGCGAGACCGCGGAUAGAUCACAAAUUGCUACAUGCAGUAACAAAUGGCAAUGCAGAUGAAUUUAAAAGUCUUAUGAGUACAGCACAACCUCCGAGGACAACAGGUGAUCGUGUUGUCAUUCCUAUACCUGAUCUGCACGGAGUGACAUCAGAUGCCGACGGGGUGCUCCACAUUGCUGCAAGGUUGGAGCAUGUCAACCUAGUGCAUGAAAUUAACAGGACUUGGAGCUAUGCAGUCGAUGUAGCAGCAAAUAACACAAGAGGGGAGAAUGCCUUGCACUGCGCGGCUGCUACAGGCAAUGUCGCUUUGAUUGACCUUCUCAUAUUAAUUGCUGGAGAUGAUGAUAAGAAAAGACAACUUCUGCGUGAGAAAAACGGCAAAGGGGAGACAUGCUUGCACGAGGCAGUGCGGCGUGGAAAAAAGGAUGCUGUGGAAAGAUUGGUUCAGGAGGAUGUGAAAGUCAACAGAAGUGACGGCAGCGGCUAUGUGCUGGUGAAUAUAGAUGACAACGAGGGUGUUUCUCCUCUCUACUUAGCCACAACUUUACGCCAACUCGACAUUGUUCAGUUUCUCACCGAACCACCACGAUGUGGUGAUGUAUUGUAUCCAACCGCGUCCUACGCUGGGCCUGGCAGCAAGACUGCUCUUCAUGCUGCUGUUCUUCUCAGCAAAGAACUCAGCGAGCAUCUCGCGAAUUGGAAGAACGAAAUCAUAGACAAGGCCGAUGCAUUUGGGAGCACUCCAUUUCACCUUUUGGCAUCAACCAAGGACAUAAUUAUUAUGAAACUUCUUCUUAAAAUGGAUGCAAGUUCUGGAUACUGUCCGGACAGAGAGGGAUCACUACCCAUACACGUUGCUGCUGCAAAUGGGAGCCGUGAGAUUGUCAAGCUCUUAUCUCAGAGUCGUCCGAACUGCUCUUUGUCACGCAAUAACUUAGGCCAGACCAUCCUCCAUGUUGCUAUCCAGAAUGGAAGUAGCGAUGUGGUCGAUUAUAUAUGCUCUGGAAAAAAGUUUGCACGAAUUUUUAACAUCAGGGAUACUGAUGGAAAUACAGCUCUCCAUUUGGCUGUACUGCAAGGAAGUCAGUUAAUAUUUUGCCGGUUAAUACAAAGGACGGAAGUAUGUUUGAAUUUCGCAAAUAAGGAUGAGCGUACACCACUUGAUCUUGCACAGUUGAGUAUUCCACCAGGUAUUUCGUUUUGGUUGAAGGCUCCCCAACAUUGGAUCAUGUAUGCCCUCAUACUAGCUGGAGCUGAUUAUGGUACCUGUCGAAGGGAUCACUUGGCCCCAAACGUAGAAAAACUUGACAGGGAGAAAGAAUCUGAAUUGAUCAGCAAGUCCGCUGGGCCAGUGGCUGUUUGCGCGGUGCUUAUCUUGACCACAGCAUUCGCGGCGCCUUUCAGUGUGACAAAAUUCUAUGGCAGAAGGGUCCUUACGGAGAAGGAUCUGAACAUGGCAUUUGCUUACAGGAUAUUCGUUAUGUCUGAUGCCAUGGCAUUUGCCUUCUCCGCCGUAGCCAUAUCUUGCUCCACACUUGCUGGAUUUUCCUUCACGAACAAUGGGAGGAGACGGUCAGUCUACCUUGGCGCCGGCGUGGCAUCCCUCUGUUCGGCGGCGGUGUGCAUCGUUGUCGUCUUUACCGCAGGAGUGUACGUCGCGGUUGCUCCGGUGGUUGAUGUCCCGACCAAUGUGUUUGUCUGUAUUUUUGGUGCUCUAGCUGUAUUCAUCGUGGUGCAACUCAUGCCGCUUCUCAUGAUGUUUCGGCACACGGAAGCGUUGAUAGUGAGGCUUGGUUUGGGGGCAUGGUUCAGGGCCGUGAUCUGUGUGCUCCCUCGACAGCGCCGAGACACUGUUCCUGUGAGGUAUCGUGGGCUCUAUGUACGGGAGUUGUCAAUGGCCUUUAUCACUUCCGUAAUUUGCGUCAUGUUUUUUGGGACUGCACUCCUGUCGGCCAAGAGGGAUAUAAAAGCAUGAUAUAUAGCAAGUUUUGUGGACGCCGGCUUACGAGAUUGAAGAUCAGAGGUUUGUGGUGGCAUUUCGCUACUUCAUGCACAUUGUGUCAUCAUCUCCGGUCAUUGUAGUUUGUAACUUGGUCGUAAGUUGUAAUCAUUAGAUCCAUUUAUUCUCAGACUAGUAUUUUUUUUCGAUAUGGGAGCAGAGCCCCGACCUCUGUAUCAAUAGAUGCACAUAGCCAUGUCUUUUAUUUAAAAAGAUAUUCAAAGUGUAUAUUUAUUACAAUCACCCGGUAUCUAAAAUCGUAAUAAGAACCAGCCAAAAUAUCCUGGCAUAUUUUUCCA